AUGACGGAGUACAAGUGCGUAAACUUUUCCGAACUGUGUCGCCUGUGCGCGAGCACCAAUGGUCCACGGUUAGGCAUCUACUCGGACGAAGGGCGUAAGAAGCGUAUAAACCACAAGAUUGCAGAAUCGCUCGGCAUCAAGAUCACCGAAUCGGAUCGUUUGCCAAAAUCCGUAUGUACCGCUUGUUUGAAGCAGGUGGAAGCACACAAAGAAUUUCGCGAAGCUGCAGUAAGGGCCCAGAGCUUGCUGGAAAGCUGUCUGCAUUCCCGCAGUGUUGAGAACGGUGGCAAGGUUUACAUCCGUGACGUGAAGGCGAAAGAUACACCACAAACGGUGACCCGUACGCAGACAAGCGUGGUACACAUUUCACCUACUACGACGGUCGCCAGCAACAGAACGUUGCAAGCAAAAUCCACGCAGCAGCAGCAGCAGCAGCAGCGACAGCAACAACAACGGCAACAGCAAACCACAACAGCUACUGCUGCACCGAUACUCAUCAACACGGUACCGAAAAGCAUUGUCCAGACGGUUAACGGCAGCGGUACGAUCGUUAGCACGAUAAGCAGUUCCGGUGCGAACGUACAACCUAACGUCUCUCUCUCAGCCGUACCAUCCACCAUGCGAACCAGCACCGGUGGAGACUUUCUUAGCUCCAUCAUACAGUCGGUGGGCAUAAAAGCGGAGGGCGAAGUGAAUCAAAUGGUGCAAACAACGGGACACCAGCAGCAGCAGCAGCAGCAACAGCUAAAUCAACCGCAAAUACUGACCAUCCAGAAUCAGCAGCAACCGAACCAGCAGUACACGAUAACAUUCGAUGCGGGAACCACGAUCAAGGGAAACAACAUACAGUACAAGCUGGAGAAUAGUGCGCAGGCGCAAACGACCUUCACACAAGUGGAUGAGUUUAUUAAGAUAAAAUCGAGCCCACAGAAGCCGAUUAAGCGAGACGCUGCACCAAUUGCUAAGACUGAUGCAACAGAAGCAAAACGGAAACGGACCAUUCAAAUCAUAAAACAACCGGUACAGCAAGCAUCACCACAAAAGACAACCAACGUUGGCAACUUUACGAUUGAAGCUCCAACCAUUACAUCGCCCGGCACUGCUGCUGGUACGGUUUCGUCGGCUAAUAUGAUCAUAUCGAAUGCUGGCACCAUCUACACUUCCACCCCACAGAAGACGUACAAUCUGCCGGAAGUAAAGCUUAUCUCCAACAAUAAUAACAACAGCAACAACAGAUGUAUCGUACCGGUGGUGUUGAAGAGUGAUGGCUCUACGGAUGAUGUUAGUAAUAAUAAUAAUAAUAAUAACAGCGCACCUACCAUAUCGAUGCUCGGACAGCAGGUGGUAAGCAACGCGCCUCAGAACCAACAGGUGCAGCUACUACUAAAGUUCGAAACUGGACCGGACGGAGUGAUGCGACUGGCACCGGUACAACAUCCACCGUUGGCGAUGCAGCAAACGGCAAUGCCACAGUAUAGUAUGGCAACCAUUGCCCAGCCGGUAACUGCCAUGCCACCGAUGACAAUUAUUGGACAAAACCAACCGAUGGUACAGGCGCAAGUAAGCAACGGUAACUAUGUGACGCUGGUCGGGAAAACGUCAUCGCAGACACAAACGAUUGCCGAUAACGGUGGACAGCCGGCGAGCGUUGUCAUGACGACGACACCAGUUCAACAAGCGGCGCUGCAACCAGUGCAUCAGCAUCAGCAGCAGCAGCAACAGCAGCAACAGCAACAGCAACAGCAACAGCAACAGCAACAGCAACAGCAACAGCAACAGCAACAGCAACAGCAGCAGCAGCAGCAACAGCAGCAACAGAUACAAACACAAAUCGUAAAGAAACCGCAACAAAGCACUAACACUACCACCACCGCAGUGCAACAAAACCAACAACGUGCCAUUGUAUCACAUGCAACGUCGGCAGGACCGAAAUCCGAACUACGUGUCGUCACCGCACCCCGCAAAGCUAUACCACCCCGACAGCCGACAUCUAAUCCACCGAAGCUAGCUCAUGCGGCCACCGCACCGAAACAAACCACUAUCAUCAAUGGACAGGAUGGAAACGGUCAGAAAGGCACCAGCAGUACAUCAGCUGGUGACAAACCGGCCUCAACGACCGGUGGUCGUGUCGGACUUGUCAUUACAUCAGCGCGGUCACUAGCAUCGUCGAAUGGCAGCAACGUUUCUAUGCUGAACAACACAUCGGCUAGCAAUUCAUCCGAGAACCGUUCGCUUAGUGACCAUGAUAGUAGCGGCAACGAGAACGCCGAAUCAAAAGCAGAGCGAAACGCCCAAUCGUUGGUUGCAUCGCAACAGAUGAAUGCAAUUUCGGCAAUGUCGAGCAAGACGGAGUCGGUCGCGUCCGAUCAGCAAGCGAAAGGGUCCGGUGGUCGGCCGGGUGAGCAUGUUGGCAAUGCGACAGGACGGACGGAUGGUGCUGUGAGCAUUACGACGUGCGAUGUGUGCCAUAAAACGUUCGGGCGGAAGGAGCAUUUGGUGCAGCAUCUUAAAUCGCACAUCGGGCUGCGUCCGUUCAAGUGUGAAGCGGCGGACUGUAAUAAAAGCUUCAGCCGCAAGGAGCAUCUGCUGCGGCACACGGUUUCGCACACCGGGCAGAAGCAGUUCGACUGUGACAAGUGCCAAAAGAUGUUUUCGCGCAAGGAUAAUCUCAACAAACACAGAAAAACGCACCAGGAACUACCGAACUCUUCAACUUUCAGCUGCAAAAUUUGCAACAAUGAAUUCACGUCAAAGAAUCAAUUUCUGAAGCAUAAGGUCACGAAUGGCUGUUACGACGAGAAAUCAGAUCCGUUAAAGCCAACACUGACGAAGAAACAGAUAGUAAAGCUGGAACCGAAACAGCAAACAUCAGUAAACACGAUCACCGUACUGGAUUCGACCAGUACGGUGUCGAAAGCUUCCCAACCUCCCCCUUUGGCACAGGCUGUCGUACCAAGCGUGGUCGCUUCGGAACCACCGCAACAGGCAACGGUUGUGCAAUCGGUACCACUAACCAUCACCCAUAUGCCGACCGCAACCGCAACCAUCCAGCUACCGAUCCAGCAGCAAGUCCAUCAGCUCAUCCAACAGCAGCAGCCACAGUAUCAAAACGGCACAACCACCCAGCAGCACCAGCAACAGCAGCAACAAAUAUUUACCAUCCCCGCCCAGAUACCAACAGCCAAUGGCAAAUCAAUUAUUCAGCACUUACAGAUAGCACUUCCCAACAACAUGACCGGUCAAACGUUGACAACGGUUUCGUCCGCUGCCAACAGUGGUACCGUACAGACGCUUACUAACGCGCAGGGUGCAACGCUGGCAAGUUUAGGUGCCGGCCGUACGACAAUCAUCAAUUCCAUGGAUGGGAAUGCGGUAUUUACGUUGCCGUCGAACAUUAUCUUCGAUACGCCGCAAAUCAUCACCACCAGCAGACAGUCGUAA